GCCCGGGAGAGGGUCAGUGGUUAACGAGGGGUACGGACUAGCUUUGACGUGCUUCCACAUGUGCAGUCGGCCCCUUCCAUAUUCUCAUACAGACACACAUAUAUAUAUGUUGCGCGUCUCACUCACUGUCCGGAUAGUGGAGUCCAGGUCAGACCGAUCGACGGACAAGAAUUUCAUCUAUCCACAAUCAUAUUGCAGAACUGACAGCGCGUUGAAGAAAAGCUGAUGCCAAUGGGUCGCUCCUUGUCGACGAUCGGCUAUUGCGCAUUUUUCCCGUGUCCGAAAGACUUCUGUCAGUGCUCCAACCGCAAGCGGAUGCUGGCUUCAUUGCUUCUCACUCUGCUCUUCUCCCGACAUUCGGUUUUCGCUGUUUCGUCAUCUUCGUCUUUUGGGAUCAGCGCACCGGCACCCUUGUCGGUGGAAGCGCUCAGUUUGCCGGAAGAUGUUGCUGGUUCGGCCCGGCCAAGUCAGCGGAACGUUAGCGAAUGGCAGUCACCGCCAAACGUAGCGAAUAAUGCCAACGGAGUGAUAGCUAAACAGCCAAAUAAUCAGCAGCAAUCAGCCGAUCUUUGCGAUCAACUUCACUUAACGCCACGUCAAAAACAAAUGUGUGUACAAGGAGGAGAUGGUCUUGCGGGGACACUUUUAGAAGCCAUCCGCAUGUCCGUGUACACAUGUCAGCAGCAAUUCGAGUACGAACGAUGGAACUGUACACUAAACGGCUUCUCGCGUAUACUCACGCUAAAAAAAGCGUACAAGGAAACGGCGGCAUUGUACGCGUUCUCGGCGGCUGGUGUCGCUCACGCAGUUGCACGCGCUUGUGCAGCCGGACGACUCCGCAAGUGCCAUUGUGCCGAGGCUGACAACGAGGUCGAAACGCGUCAGACUUGGAGGUGGGGUGGUUGCGGCGAUAAUCUCGCUUACGGUCGGUCGUUCGCAAUGAAAUUUCUAGACUCUGGUUCGACGGCCAAAGUGCGGCCAAGUGGCGGCGGAAAAUCGGACUCACGGCCCCACACCAAUCCCGACAGCAAACUCAACAAAAAGAAUAAAUCGAAAUCUAAGGAUGGCCUCCAAGCCGAGAUGGAGGCAGUUUCACGAGUGCUGAGAAGAUGGAGGCGCACCAUUACCUCCAAUACAGCUUUAGCGCAUUCCAGUCGGAUGAGAAAGGCGUCGUCGUCAAUGUCUGCCGAAACGGGCGGUGGAGGUAAUUUCGUCGCCAACGGUCCGCAUCCCAUAAACAAGAGCAAAGCUGGCGGCAAAAAGCAGAAGAAUGAAAGUCAACGCCAACGUAUCAAUCGCCACAACAACGCUGUCGGCAUGAAGGUGGUGGAGCAGCUGGUGAAACGAACGUGCAAAUGCCACGGUGUCAGUGGCUCGUGUUCGGUAAAGACGUGCUGGAAUCAAUUGGCUGUUUUCAGCGAAACGGCAGCUGUCAUCAAGAGCAAGUACGACAACGCCGUCCAGGUUAACGUCGAGAUCCGCGAAAAUUCGAGUCACUUGAAGAUGGAGUCUUCAACUUCGUCCAAGAAUCAGGAGAGCAAUCGCAUCCUUCCUCAGAGCCGGGCUAAAAAAGGAACGGAUCAAGUGGAUGAAGCGAUUGCAGCCGCUGCACUGGCGAGAAACGGCGGCAGCGGAUCGGUGAACGCGGCCGACCGAGUCGACCGGAAGGAGAUGAUCUAUCAGCAGAAAUCACCGGAUUUCUGCGUGGCCAAUCCGCUCGGUCCCGGAACGGUGGAUCGCCAAUGUUUGCGCGGCGAAAAUUGCGAUAUCCUUUGCUGCGGACGCGGCUACAACGUGCACCGGUUAACCGUCUCAGCGCCGUGCAAAUGUAAACUCGUCCUCUGCUGUCAAGUGGAAUGUCAAACAUGUUUAGUGGAGAAGACCAUCCACACUUGCAAAUGAUUCGGUGAUUGGGUGGGGCAUCAACAAUAUAAUUUAAAAAAAUUGAAUAUAUUUAAUCUUAUUUAUUGAAGCUUGCAGAAAUACAAGUAGGAUUUGGCAUACUUA